UUAGUGUUACCAUGGAGAGCGUUGCUAUGUGACGCUUGUUGAUAUCCAGGAAGACGCUGGUCAGACCUAGCCCGAAAGGAGGAGAGAAAUGGAGGAUAACUUUCACCUCGGAGAUGCUGGAGCAGUAAAAAAUGUUGCGAAGUCUGGACGGAGGGCUCGCCUUGCAGCUGAUCAAUCUUCGUUUGAGGAUUCUCGUUACGUAAGGAAGUCCUCCACCUCUGCUUCAAUGGGAGAACCCCCUCCCCCUAAACCGGCCCGGCGGCAAGGAGGCUGGGCAGAAGAAAGCUCUGGGUCUGGAUCUGCCAAAUCUUCAAGGAGACCUGCAGCUGAGGACUUGGAGGACCGCCGCCUUCGACCACAAACUCCUAAGGGAUCAGAUGAUGAAGGAGAUAUUCCAGUGAUUCCAGAUCUUGAAGAAGUACAGGAAGAAGAUCUCACAAUGCAAAUUGCAGUUCCACCAAGUAUCCAGGUGAACCGGGUAAUGACCUACAGAGAUCUGGACAAUGAUCUGAAGUAUUACUCUGCCUUUCAGACCUUAGACGGAGAGAUUGACUUGAAGCUCCUCACCAAGGUUUUAGCACCAGAGCAGGAGGUGAAGGAGGAUGAUGUGAGCUGGGACUGGGAUCAUCUGUUUACAGAGGUGUCCUCAGAGCUGCUGAUGGAAUGGGAUCAAGGAGAGAGUGAGGAGCAGGCUGCAUUGCCUGUAACAUGAGGAGGAGGUUUGGACUGAGGCUUUAAAUGGCUCCAGUGGGAACUGGGUGAAUGGCCAUUACACAGAAGGGCCGGUGACUUUGGUUAUAUUAACUUUAAUUACUGUUUGUUAUCCAGGAUUUAUAUUCUAUAAAGUGUAUAUUCAACAUGUCUUCUAUUUUCUAAAUAAAGUUUACUGAGAAGUGGA